AACGAAUGUCAAAGCAGACCGACUGAGCGUGUGAAGCGUUCAGUGUGAAAACAGUGUCUCCCCCCUCGUGUUCAUUAUACUUUUUUCUAGGAACUGUACGGGUAAUUGGAAACCCGCAAGCAUGUCGCAUGGCCGUAACGAGUGCCGGAUCUACGUCGGUAAUCUGCCGCCCGACAUCAGGACCAAGGAUAUUCAGGAUCUGUUCCACAAGUUCGGCAAAGUGACGUUCGUGGAUCUGAAAAACCGUCGCGGGCCGCCAUUUGCUUUUGUAGAGUUUGAGGAUGCACGCGACGCUGACGACGCGGUCAAGGCACGCGAUGGAUACGAUUACGACGGCUACCGGUUGCGGGUUGAGUUCCCACGGGGUGGUGGUCCCGGCAGUUACCGCGGUAGCCGCCAAGGUAACAGUGACCGCAGCAGUAGGGGCGAUCGUGGAAACCGCGGACCACCGGCACGCCGCUCACAGUUUCGGGUGAUGGUAACCGGGCUGCCAUCGUCCGGAUCGUGGCAGGACCUGAAGGAUCAUAUGCGGGAAGCCGGCGACGUGUGCUUUGCCGAUGUUUACAAGGACGGCACGGGAGUGGUGGAGUUUUUAAGGCACGAGGACAUGAAGUACGCGAUCAAAAAGCUUGACGAUUCCCGUUUUCGCUCACACGAGGGCGAAGUUGCAUACAUUCAUGUGCGGGAAGAUUCUGGAAACGAUGAAAAACGGGGGGAUUACAGAGACAGAUCGUACUCGCCGCGCCGUCGAAGGGGUACACCGACCUACUCACCGGUGAAGCGGAGCUUCUCGCGAUCUCGCUCCCGUUCCUACAAUUGAGCUGGCGGAGGGCUAUGCUCCCAAGAAGACUAAAGCUCUAGAGGAUUGAUAGGAUGUGAUAAAUUUGAAAAGAGCGCCUCAGAGGAUAGUAAUGUACGAUGAGGAAUAGCAGCGCACUAGCUCAUCGAUCACGACGGGAGUCGUAUCGAUUAGUGCCGCCGUGGUCCGACGAUUGGUCACCUCUUAAACAGGUCACCUUCGGGGAUGAUGUGUUAGGAGCGCGCGGUUCGUACGCGCGCACGCACUGGCCCAAUGGCAUCUACUUGUGGUGGGGUCUGGAUAAUGAACGACUCGUUCGUUCUGCUCCUGGGUGCAUUUUGCAGAAGGAAUACUACCAUUUGGCUGCCAGCCCGAAUGGUAUCUGAAGUGUUGUGAUCAUUUUCAAACGUGUGCUCGUUGGCGCCGUGCUUCUUAGAGAAGUAGAAGAUUUUAUCAAAACGAUAAUUUGUCAGGAAAUGCACCUGCAUGCAUCCUGGUGAUGAAAGUAAUGGGUUUUGUAAAAUUUUAUCUAAUUUCCCUUUUGUUUGGCUUGGCAUGAUAAAUUCAAAACAAUCGUGGAUGUGCAUUUGCGGCACUUAGUUUCCUCGACAAGUGGAUGGAUUGAUGAGUUCUGGACAUCGAGGGACUGGCGAUGCGAUACCAUAGGAAGGCAAUGGCGGGAAAUGUUUGGAGGCGUGGAUUUGGAAUUAGUUUUGCAUUGUGAUUUGGACUCGUGGAUCACCGUUGGAGACAGGAGAUCUCAAGGAAGAGAGGAGGCUGUAUUGGUUCUGGAAAUAGUUGUGCAUUCAAGUGCUGCACCCUUCUCAUCAUCCACAACCCGGCUGGGCAAUGUGUUUUCCCAUCGCUGGACAACGAGGGAUGUGGAUAAUAGGAUUGUGCGUUAUAUUCCGGAUCGUCGUAUCCAACUUUCCGCCAGGUACCCGUUUGUAUCUGUAGCCAUUGAGCGUGUGGACUGGCAUACCCUUGGACCGCAUCUGCUUCGCUUGUGCCCAUACAAUCAAAGCGGGACACAGGCAUUUCGAGUAUCCAUGUCCGCGAUUGGAGGAUCGACGUUGGAAAUGGGAUGUGCAAUCCUUGGGUAAACACAAACAACUUCUUUUCUUUCCUUACCAAUUAACACCAGUUUUACCUUCUUGUAGCAUUUAACCAAAUUUCAUAACCUUCUCUAUGUUAUACCCUCUGGAAUAUCUGCUCGCUGUAUACUACUUCCUCAUUCGCAGCUGUGUGUACCAGAGGAUUUAGUCGGGAUAAGUGGAUCUUUUUCCAUCUUUCUGUUCGUCUUCCUUCCCAUUGUACAGACUGUUGCGUUCUGCCCAUAAUGCACAUCGCGCUCGAUGGUUAAGAUAAUCAAUAGUCGCAAUAAUAACGCUCUUUCCUCUUUGCCCCCUGGCGAACCGAGCUCAAAGUGCGGAGGAGCGUAUGAAAUAAGGCGGUGUCUGAGCAGGCGCUGCAAUCACGAUAUAGCAGCACGCUUAGGAUCUUUCGAUGGUAAGAUUGGUUUGGUUGGAAAAUCGUCUCCCACUGUGGAUAACGAAUGCAGAUCGGAAAAAUGCGCCUCAAUCGUAAGUACACCGUACGCGAUCAUGAAACAAGCCACAGCAAUACAUUCAACUAUAUACUCUCUGGAUUAAUCAGGCACUUAAGUUUGUGUACAGAAACUAUAUACAACCAACAUUAAAGGCAAUAGUAUGGAUAGUGAAGUUUGAGUGCUGGUUAAGCUAAUAAAGUAGUAAAGGAGUAAGAUUUUAACAAACCAA